UGCGCUUCGCACAGAAAUCCCGGUGUUCUUGGAGGACAGUAUUAAAUGUGAUACAAGUGCUUACUGCAAUAAACUCAGAGACACAGAUUUUCUCUGUGACAUGGCCUUCCUUGUGGAUAUAACCUCGCAUCUUAAUCACCUGAAUGCACAGUUGCAGGGAAGAGACCAAACUGUGUCGGAUCUAUUUGCGCACAUGAAUGCUUUUCAGCGUAAACUAGUCCUGUUCAAAGAGGGCUUUUCAUUCAGCCACCCAAACCUGGCUCACUUUCCCGCCUGUGAAGAGAUGCGUAGAGAUGUCCCCGAAUGCAACAAAACGUUUCACAAGUAUAGAGCCGACAUUGAAACUCUGCAGGAGCAGUUCAAGAACCGUUUUCAAGAUUUCUACGCCAUGCAGCCGCAAAUUGCGUUGUUCACUGACCCCCUCUCUGCUACUGUCAGUGAGCAGCCUCCAGAGCUGCAGCUUGAACUGUGCGAGCUACAGUCAGACCCCUUCUUCCAAGCAAAAGGCAAUGAAAGAGGGAUUUUAUUUUGGAGGUUGCUACCGGAGUCCCGCUUUCCACUCCUGAGGGAUUUCGCGCUCUCAAUGGCCAGCAUGUUUGGUAGCACUUACAUUUGUGAGAGCAACUUUUCAACAAUGAAGCACAUCAAAUCAAAAGAGAGAAACAGGCUGACAGAUGAAACUCUGUUCCACCUCAUGCAGAUUGGAUGCACAAAUAUUGACAUUGACAUUCAGUCCAUUGUACAUCUGCAGGAGAGGCCACAAGUAUCUCAUUAAGACAUAACAUUAAUGCAGAAAUAAGCAUUAAAACAGAACUUUAUACGGAUCCAACUGUUAUUUGAGAUAAAAUGUUCUUGUUUGAAGUAGCUUGAACAUUGUUCCACUUGAUUUACAGUGCUAAUGUUAUUAUAUUACUGUUAUUGAAUGAUUUCUCUGAGACCCUACUGCACUGAUAUAUCACACACAACACACAAAUGUAGAGUUUUUGUGUUAAGU